UUGGGUAAAUGUUAUCGAACUGAUGAAACCUUUGUUUGCCCUCAACACAUUUUACAACUGGUCAAUGACACUAGUUGGUUGGGCCUGCCCUGGCACAGAGACACUCAAUUUAAUUUCGUUCGCCGCCACCAAAAGGCACCCGAUUGCUCAAAUAUCAACGAAUUGUUUCAUUUAGGAGGACGUUAUUACUUAUCUACACAGCAUGGUUCAAUUAACGUUUACAAUACCACCAACAGUUCUUCGCACAUUCUACGUAUUUCUCCUCUUAUCGUUUAUCAUUUUCCUUGUGAUCUCACAUUCGCCUCUCAGCAAACCGGUCUGGGAACUUGUCCGGACCGCAUCACCUUUCAUCUACCACUUUUCUCUCAUAAAUCAUUUCGCUACAUUCCGUGGACACAUAACGACGACAAAACUUUGCGAUUACAUUACAGCUCAUUGAAUCUGACACCGCCGCUUCAAUUCGACAACAAAACAAUGACUUCUUUAGACCACACUUUUCGUAUACUAGAUGGGCAACUUACUACCCGGUUAGCAACGUUAAAAGACGAGAUAUCCCACCUACAUAAGGUUCAAUCUACCACCCUAAACGAUUGGCUUACUUAUUUUACUUUCGGUCUUGUAUGCAUUCAUAGUUUUGUUUACAUAAUUCUAUACUGUUGCUCCAUUAAGCCAAAAUCCUUUCCAUCGAUGUCAACCACUGUUUUGUCUCGACGCAAACGCGCCUCCGCGCAACGUAAGGACACGGCUACAGCCAACGCUGACGACCAUGAAUUACACGAAUUACAACCAGCCACUUCACAAAAUCAAAAUUCGGUGUGUCCUACUCGUAACAAGCCGGUUCCGCUAUAA